AUGAUUCAUCAAGUAAAACAAUUUUUCGAGGCCUGGCCUGGCCCAAACCUGCGCAAGCUUUUUCUCAAAAACGACGCCAAAAGCCCGCUCAGUCGGAUGCACAAACCUAGGUCCGAGCAGGCUUGUGCCCGGCCCGGCCCGGCCUUAGCGGGGCCUCAAGAAAAAAAGGCCCGCGCGGCCCGAAGCGCGCAAUUUUUUUCUAAUCGGAUAUCAAGUUUUUUUUACGACAAAAAUUACGUUUUUGCUCAGUUUUUCGAUUAAAGUUUAACAAAAAAACUAUGAUUUCAGAAGUAAAAGCCACAUUUCGGUAAAAAAUUUUUUAAAUAAAACUUUUAAUUUUUUUUUUGAAGCCUGCCCGGCCCGAGCCCACGCGGGUUUUUUCCUAAAAAUGAAGCCCAAAGCCCGGGCCAGGCCGGCCAGGCCGGGCCGCCCGGCCUGACGCACAAGCCUGUGUCCGAGUAA